AUGGCGUCUAUGCCAAGAAAAGGAAAAGUCAGUUUUGGUUUUAAACAAGCAAAUCGACAAAAGAAUCAACCAUCGAAGGAGUUUGACAAUUAUGAAGAAGAGCCGUACAUGAAUUUCAGUCAAUUGAAUCGAAAACGGUCACGAGAAUCGCAUAGUCCGAAAGCGAAUAAAACCAAGAAAUUCAAACAAGAAUUCAAUCAUCUCGAUCCUCAUUCAGCGAAUUUCCAAAUGUUGACAGAUGAACUUUUAAAACAUUACAAUCGAGUCAGACAACUCGAAUCGACAUAUACAUUGAAGUGGAAACUUUGUCAAGAUCUUUUUUCUAUGUUUGUUGGAAUUGUGCCAAAUUUGGGGGUUUAUCUAGUAGGAUCAAGUGCAAACGGGUUUGCUACAGAAGAUACUGAUGCCGAUAUAUGUAUUGUGAUUUCAUCCUACCCAAUUGAUCAAAAACGUGAAGCGGUGAAAUUUCUGGAAAUAGUUCGACGUGCGCUACGAAAAAAAAUCUUUGCUGGCUCUUGUGAACUGAUACGUGCUCGUGUACCUAUUCUGCGGUUCACUGAUUAUGCAACUCGACUAAGAUGCGACGUGAAUAUAAACAAUGCCACUGGAAUACGAAAUACAGAUCUCUUACGGUUUUAUUCCGAAACCGACGAACGUGUUGCCCCGCUUGUUCUCACACUGAAAACAUGGGCUAAGUUUCACAAUAUCAAUGAUGCAAGUCAAAAGACACUAUCAAGUUAUUCCAUAACAUUGAUGUGUAUCUUCUUUUUACAAAGUGUCGUCAAGCCGGCAGUUUUACCUGUUUGGCAAGCGUUAUUGCCGGAUCGUUUUGAUGUUAACAUUCCUGUUUCGCAAUUGAAACGCAACGAUGAACCGAAAUUAAUCUGGAAGUCGGAAAACCAUCAGACAAUAGGGGAAUUAUUUAUAGGAUUUUUAAGGUUUUUUUCCAAAGAUUUUCGAUAUGAAAAAUAUGCGAUUAGCGUUCGAAUGGGUUGUCUAAUGGAUAAGGAAGAGUUUCUUGAUAAUGAUUCAACCAAUUAUGGAGAUGCUCUUCUAGCCAUCGAAGAACCCUUCGAUUUUAGUAAUACAGCUCGAUCUGUUUACGAUGAAAACGAAUUCGAACGUAUCGUUCGUGUUUUUCGUCGAAGUUAUUUUAUAAUUGAGAAAACGAAGACCUUCUCUUCACUUCUCAUUGAACAAAUUGAUUAA